AAUAUUAAUCUAUAAUUGCUAUCUUUGAAACAAGUGGACAAGAUGGAUAACAAACAAUACCUCUUAUUUUAAACUUAAUCUUGAUUAUUAAUCUUAAAUUUCUAUUAAAAAAAAACCACGGAAAAUAGCAACACUAUUCAACACAUUUUAUAUUUACUUAAGAUUUAUAAUUUUUAAGAUUAGGAUAUUGUAAGAUAUAAACUUAACAAAUUUUACAAUACUGUGAUUGUUAAUUUAAUUAACAAUUAAUGUAGUUCUGUUAGUUCAAUAUAACUCACGAUCUACGACCUAUGACCUGACAGAAGGUAGACCACUUGAACUUUUUUCUGUCCCGUGUGAAUCGAUCCUAUCCUGUAAUUAUCCUAUCGGCAAAAAAUUACAUUCACGUAACCCUUCGUACUGAACUUCUAACUACGCCGCGACAGAACAAUCGCAGUAACGGAGGUAAUUCACGCAGACGCGAGAGCGUACAUAAUGCAAACUGACAGGUUUCACUGUACCUUCAUCCGUCAGUUGCGAUCGCACAGCCGCAUAACAAACAAGCGAGAGGGAGAAUCGGUUUCCCCUUCAGUUCGCUCGUAUGCAUACCAUGAUCGGACAUACGGAUCUACGAAAUUCCAAUUACGAGGACGACAUUAAGUAUACCGUGCAGGUGCACAGGCUGAUUCUGGGACUGAUCGGUGUGUGGCCGAACUUCGAGAAACCUCAGAAAUGGGCGAGAUUUCUUAGGGGACUCCUCAGGAUCGUGUGUUGCUUCCUUUUGUCCUUCAAUCUAAUACCGUGGAUACUGUACAUGUUCCUUAUCGUGGACACAUUCAAGGGCCGACUCAAAAUGCUUGGUGCAUUGUUCUUCUACAGCAUGGUACCUGCCAUGUACUGCACGUUGAUGUUACGGCAAGAUCGUAUUAAGGAAUGCAUGAGGCACUUGCAGGAGGACUGGCGAAAUGUGCAGGACGUGAACGAUCGCAGAAUAAUGUUGGACAAGGCCAGAGCCGGACGUUUUAUCCUGAUCUGCACUACGGUGUUUCUGUUCACCAGUGGCUUCACCUACCGUUUGAUUAAGCCAAUAGUUCGCGGCAAGAUUACCAUCGGAAAUGUGACCAUCAGGCCGCUGGUGCAGGGCAACUAUUACAUCUUCUUCGAUCCGCAGAAAAGUCCCGCUUACGAAAUCGUGUUUUCCAUGCACUUGGUGACCGGCAUCGUCAUUUAUAUCGUGACAACCAGCGUUUGUGGAAUUACCGCGCUGUUCACCAUGCACGUUUGCGGACAGCUCAAGAUGUUGACCAUAUGGCUGGAGAACUUGCCGAACGAAGACCAUUGGUCGAAAGAAUGCGCCGUUGCUCAAAGAUUGGCGACGAUUGUCAUGCAUCACGUAAGGAUACGUAAAUUUUUACAUCAGAUACAAGGUGUCGUGGGAGAAAUGUGUUUUAUCGAAAUUAUUGGAAGCACUUUAAUACUGUGUCUUUUAGGAUAUUACGUGAUAACGGGAUGGGAACAGAAUGAUGCACUAUCCUCUAUGACGUAUGCUAUAAUGCUCGUAUCCUUUACCUUCAAUAUUUUUAUAUUAUGUUACAUUGGGGAAGUUUUAAGUAGUCAGGGGAGUGAAGUAAACACAACUUGCUGUACAAUCGAUUGGUAUUGCUUGCCUAGUAAAGAAGCUCGUUAUCUUAUCCUAGUAAUCGCCAUGGCCAGAUAUCCUGUGAAGCUCACAGCGGGUAAAGUGAUCGAUCUUUCAUUCAACAGUUUUGGCGCCGUAAGCAAUUUUGUCUCUACAUUUCACCCACACUACAACAAUCACAAAGCUUUCAUUAUAAAAGUUAGAUAUUCACACAAACGGUACUUUUAAGUAUUAUUUUUGUUAAUAAAUAUAGUAUUAUUUCGAUAAUUAUAAUUUCUCCAUAAACAUAUACAUUUUUACACAUAAUAUAAUGCAAAUAAUUUUUA